AUGGCAAAAAAAAGUGAUGCGGAAAAAGAAGUGCCUUUUGGAACCGGUGCAAAGCCCUUAUUACAAGAACAAGAAAUUAGUUCAAAUUUUAAAUCUGCUCGGUCUGUACAAAAUUAUAAUAAUUUUCUUGGUUGUAUUUACCGGAGAAGAGGAGGAGAUUACUCGAUAUCUGCUCGGGCGAAAUUAUUUCAUAUGGAUCGUGAGCCUCAAUGGUAA